UUAAAUUAGUUUUAUGUUAAACUAGUGGUUUUGACCGGAGGCUAUCUGAAACAAAUCUUCUAGAAAAAGUGAUCAAUAUAGGCCCAAUAGGUUUGCAGAUUCGCUGAUUUUUUUGUCAGUAAAUGAUCUUAUCGCUUAGCGAACUGCAUCAACCGGAAUUUACAUUUUCCUCACAGUUUUCGUUCCCUCUUAAAUUCUUAUACAAGCUUCGCUUGUCCCGUCCGUAAGAUUUUGAUUUAGCAGCAGAAUUAAUUGAUGUUUUUUGCCUCGUGGAAAGACGGGGUCAGGUGGAUCAUACAUAAUGUUUACCAAGCAGCGGAACUCCAGAUGACUUGUUGGCGGACAAGUCAAUAUUGAAAGGUUCCGAAGUUUCGCGAGUAAACGACGUGCACAGUUUUAACACAGAGGUCGAAAUGAACGCCGCGAAUGACUCAGCAACAAACAUCACUGGUAAAUUACACGCCAAAUGCGCGAUUGAAAACGCAAGCAACACAACAACAACUCUAGUGAUCAUGGGAUUCACCUUGGUCCUCUUCUCUUCUCUUGUCGGUAAUUCUCUCUUGAUUCAAGUUGUGUGCGGUGACAAAGAAUCGAGACGAAAAUUUCCUUUUAACUUUUUAAUAAUCAGCAUGGCGAUGGCAGAUAUCAUGAAUGCUUCAUCGGCUUCUAUAGUGUUUAUAUCGUUUUUGACGGUUGGGCGACUCUGGAUUUCGGGCAUCAUAGGACAAAUAACCUGCAAGAUAUCUUACUUCGCAGUGGGGUUCUCCGUAGCCGCCUCCAUUUUGACUGUUGUCGCGAUGGGACUGGACCGCUUAAUGGCAGCACACGCGACUAUAAGGCCACUGUCGAAAAAAGGUGUCAAAAGCGCCAUGGCGCUGAUUUGGGUCCUAGCGGGACUACUUUGCAUCCCUUAUUUGUACAUUUUUAGAACUGAGCAAGGCAAAGAUGGCAAAUAUUAUUGCAUGAGGAAAUGGAGUGAAAACCAGGGGAAGCACCUCAUGAUCUUGGAGAUCGAAGAGAUGGCAAAGUUUGUCGUCUUUUACCUCCUUCCACUAAUUUUUAUGGUAUUUUGUUAUACUAUUAUUACAUGCAGAAUUUAUCGACGAAGUGAGCUACCAGUGGGUAAAAAUAAUCGGUCAAAAAUUAUUCAGCAGAACCAACGUGUUGUACGCAUGAUCAUUGCCAUAGUUGCAAUUUUUGCAAUCUGUUGGUUUCCUGUCCAUGUCAACCAUUUGCUGAGAUCAUUUGACCCAGAUAGUUAUUGUCGUCUCCCUGCCUUCCUUCCGUUGUCUUUUUUUUGGUUGGCUCAUGCCAACUGCGCCAUAAAUCCUUGGGUAUGGUUUAUGUAUAGUCGGCACUUUCGGGAAUUACUAAAAAAGGCAACUAUUCAAUGCAUGGCAAGUUUCUGGAAAGACAAAAGUGUGGAACAAAUACCUUUGACAAAACGGACGACGGUAAAGCAGUUAGAAAAUCUGGGGGCUGACGGAAAUGGUGGUACAUCCUAACAUCUGUGCUGAUUAUAUAUUGCUAAAUAUACCAGUGCUUUCUUCUAUCCCAUCGCUUUCUCUAUUGCUUCAGUGAACAGCUAGAGCCGGUUUAUAGGUCGCUAAAAAGCCCAAAUGAAUUGACAAACGGCUUUAUUCGACGGUAAUGCGACUUAUGAAACGUUUUGUAAAUUUGUAAAUUCGUUAAUUUCCAAAUUUGUAGAUUAAAUCGAGAGAGCCAUAUAGUGGAGAUUUAAUAAAGAUACUGUACUACACUGUACUUUCAAAUUUUUUGGACCACUAUUCCUUCACUUGAAAUGUUCUCUCUUAGUGCCACCCAUAGAUAAAGCGUAUUAAUUAGCGCCACUGAAAUGAAAUAGACAGUAAUUAAUCUUAUCAGUGUGUAAAAUGUUUGUUAUGAACACAGUGCUGGCAGA